AUGGUGAAGGCAUCUAACGGAAAGACUACCCAGUCAUCUAGAAGGCAUGCAUUUUCUUCUUUCCGGGAAAGAAUUGACUCUAUUAAAAUAGAGCCAAAUUUGAGCUUGAAUAAGAGAGCUCAUGAUUAUGUUGAUUCAUCCCAUUUCCUAGCCACCUUAGAACACUGGAAAGAAGUAAAUAUAAGUGGUAACUUCACAGAAUUCUUGGACAAAAUUGAAAAUAUUUGCCAGACAUUGCCCCAAAUUUUACAUCAUCAAGUUACUAUAUUUGAUGCAUUAUACACCCAUAUUGAAAUAAACGAUAUUAAUUCGAUUCAGCCUUUAUUGGAAUGCUUAUCACAAUUCAUUCACGAUUUAGGCCCCGAUUUCAUGCCAUAUUAUGAUAGAACCUUGAUAUUAUUGACAAAUCUUGCAUUAUCAACCAACCCUAAUGAUUCUCAAAAUAACAGAAAUUCAUCUAAUGUCUUAGAAUGGUGCUUCAGUAGUUUAGCAUUUGCAUUUAAGUAUCUUUCUAAGACUUUAGUAGAGGAUUUGUUACCAACGUUUAAAAUAUUGAUUCCUUUAUUGCAACUCAACAAGAAAACCUACAUCUCAAGAUUCUGCGCUGAAGCUUUAUCAUUUUUGAUCAGAAAGCUGAAGGUUGAUAGUUUAACCUCAGUAAUUGAAUACUCAUUCAAUCAACAAAGUGAAAUUAUUCAUGAAAAUGACUCUUAUUGCGAGUCGUUAGUUGUUUUAUUUUCGGAGUCUAUGAAGAACACCAAAGGUUCCUUUCAUUCUAAAUCCACUAAUAUAUUAUCUAAAUUGAUUGAAAAUUCAUUGUCGACUAAAUCAUCUGAAGCAAAAUUUAUUUCAAUUGUUUGUGAUAUUUUAUUAGAUGUUGUUAAUCAUGGUACAAUAGAAAAUUGUGAUAAAUUUUACAAACUAAUCACGAUUUACUUAUCUCAAAUUUUGAAUGAAUCCACUAUUAAUGAUACACUAGCAAUAUCAAUUGCACAAAUUCUAACUACAUUGUCUUUUGCUGAAUCGGGUAAAAAAAUAUCUUCCUGGUCUCCAAUUUUAUCGACUACUAAUUUGUUGAUAAAGAGAGUCUCCUCCGGAACUUUGAUAACCAACCAAUUCUCAAACGCAUUCUUCGAUUCCUUGACAUACCUACUUGUUAUUAUUAUCCGUAAUUGUGAAAUACAGGAAUUAACUAAGUAUUACAGAACUUUUUUCGAAACUAUGAUAGAAUUGAACAAGGGUCAGCACUUUUUGAGUUUUGCAGAAACAAACUUGGAAAUAUCUACAACUAAAGUUGUUAACUUUGGUAUUGCUAAAUAUAUUCAAGACUUUAUUAAUUCAAUUGCAUAUAACGACUCCGAAAUUCAAAAGUUAGGAUUUUUCUUAACAAGGCUUUCUAAAAAGGAGUUUUAUGGAAUUGAGUUAAGUAUUCCCCAGCAUAUGCAAGUUCAUAUUAUUAACCAAUUACGGGAUAGUUAUCAAAAGAUAUCUAACCCAGAAGAGUUACCAGAAAUAUAUUGGAAACUUUUAACUUUAAAAUAUUGUGGAAGAUCAAGUGCAUCUGAGAGUCAAACUUUAAUUAUUUUAUUGAGACAGCUAUGUGAUGAACACUUUAAAUUUGAUUCAAAGUUUUCUCAUGAUUUAGUGGGAGGCGUUGUUGAUGCGUUAUCUCUGUUAUUAAGAGAAAAUGAAGAUAGUGAGAUUGCUUUAAUCGUAUUUAAGCUAAUCAUUUCUAAUUUCCAAAAGUUUAGUGAAUCGUCUGUUUUUAUUUCAUCGGUUAAAAAUUUUAUCAGCUGCUGCUCCUCAAUUAUAUUUCCUUUAAUCAAGGACAACUAUGAUUUUUUGGUCUCCCAAUUGGCAGUUAACAUGUCUUUUCCGAGUCAUGAUUCUCGUUAUAAUGCAAUUCUCUUGCUCAUUGAAAUCCAUGAGGUUUUGAAAUUAGAAGUUUCUCCAAUAAUUUCCCAAAUUAGAUUAAUUGAAGAAAUUCCAUUAACGUUGAAUACUGGAAGAGAUAUCGAAUUAAGAGUUCGUAAUUUAGCACUUGAAUUCAAACUGUUGGAUAAUCCUAAUGAUUUAGAAUGUAACAUUAUUUUGAGAUUUAUGUUUGGUUUAUUAACAAACAAGUUUCAACCAUGUUGGACUUCUGUUUUUGAAGCUUUGCCCUACUUGGUUGAGAAGUGUUCUUCAUCUAUAUGGUUAUUAGCUUAUCAAUUGAUUAAAAUGAAUUAUGGGGAACAAAAUACCAACUAUUACGACUUUGAAUCUUCUGCGUUCGAAGAAGAAAAUGUUCUAUUGAAUUGGCAAGUAAGAAACCCAAGAUUAAGAGGAAACUUUUUAUUUGUGGACGGAAACUUCCUUAGUAAAUAUCUCAAUAUCAGUAGUCUGAUUUUGGAUUAUGCUGAAAGUUCAAGAGCGGACAAUACAUAUAGCUCCAUAUUAAGGUCGCAUGCUAUUCAUGCAUUAAGCUCAGUCCCAUCAAUUGCUGAAAAGCAUUCUGAUAAGCUAGUACCAAUAGUCUUGCAUGAAACCGAUGAUGAAGAUAAUGAUGAUUCUAACGAAGAUCGUACUGAGAGUGACCAUAUCAACCAAAGCUCAUGGACCUUAAAAGAUCGAAAUGACUUGGUUUGCUUGUUUACUAAAUUUAAUAGUUUGAAAAAGGUUUAUAAAGCAGAUUUAUUGUAUGAGCAUAUGCUCAAACUAUUAUGUAACAAACAAACCCAGGUGCAAAAGAUGGCGUUAGAUGUUAUCCUUCGUUGGAGGAUCGGAUCUGUAAAUAAGUAUAAGGAUAACUUAAAAAACUUGUUAGAUGAUACCAUAUUUCGUGACGAACUUUCCAAAUUCAUUUCAAAUAGUUCUGAUUCGACUAUAGAGCAAAGCGAUAAGGAUUCAUUAAUGCCAUUGGUGUUGCGUAUUUUAUUUGGUCGGGCACAAAGCGUUCCUAAAAGUAAUAGUAAAGCUGGUAGAAAAUUUGCUAUUGUUGGAAUCUUACCAAAUCUAUCUCAUGAGUAUAUUAUUGAGUUUUUAAGUUUAGGAUCUGAUAGACUUAAUUAUCAAGAAUAUUUUAUUACCAAUCAAUUACCACUUAUUGACAUAAAAGUUUUAAGAAAGAUAAGUGGUUUUGUGAACUUAUUAAAUGAUGUAUACAAUACUUUGGGAUACAGAUAUAAUGAUGUUUUAAGUUCAACUAUUAAGCCAUUAGUAUUCUCUUUGACUGUUGCUCAAAAAGUAAUAGAUGAAGAAGAUAGUGCUGGUUAUGAUUCAGUAGUAAAAAAGUCCGCAAGAAACAUAAGGCAACUCGGUAUGAAAUGUCUCAGUGAUUUGUUUAAAAUUUUAGGAGAAUCAUUUCAGUGGGACGAUUAUAUCAGCCUUAUAUAUGAAGAAAUCAUAAAACCAAGAUUAAGCAAAUUUACUGAAGAAAACUUGCAGCAAACAUCAUCUUUGAUGAGACUCAUGACAAGUUGGAUAGAAUUGCCAAAUCUAAUCAAAUUCUUGUACAUCGAUGAUUUUGCCCCUGUGAAAGCUAUCAUAUCAUUAGUCACCAAUACCCAUGUGAAAGAAUCUGUUAUUUCGAUUGUCUUAGACUUUUCUAUAUCUGCCUUAAGUAAAAGAAGCAUAGACGAUGAUACUUAUUUCACUCUUUUGGCUUUGUUAGUUGAUACACUUUUAAAGUUUUUACCAAAUAUUUUAGACAUUACAACCAGCCGAGAAAUCAACUCAAAGGCAAUUAAUAUUUUAUUAUUAUUGAUAGAAGGAGACUUUAUAAGUGAAAAUUCUACCCGUGCCUCAUUGAUUGAAUCCUUAACCAAAGCGUUAGAUAAACCUCCUAAUCAAGUUGAAUCAAAAGAUAAAGUUUUUAUCUUAUUGUCAUUAUCGUCCUUGAUUGAUUCUUAUGACUGUUCUUUCGACGAUAUCAGGCCGUUGUUUCAAGCUUGUUCAAAAUCUUUCAGGGUAUAUUCAGAUCGUAAUGUUAGAGAAACUUUAGUCAAAGUGUUCAUAAGUAUUGGAAAUAGAUUUGUUGAGUUACAACAAGUCUCAAAACUUCUAGAAGGUAUAAAUGCUUAUUCUGACAAACGUAUGGAAGAACCUGAUUUUGAAAAGAGAUUAGCAAGUUUCAAAGAAAUAAAUGAAAACUUAUAUUCAAAUUUGACUACAGUACAAUGGUUACCUAUAAUAUACUGUGCUUUAUAUUUCAUAAAUGAUGAAUUAGAAUUAGCAAUUAGAACUAAUGCUACUUAUACAUUAAACAGAUUUAUUGACUGCUUUUCUGGAAUGGAAGAUUCUGGCUUAGCUCAAAGUCAUAUACAUAUGUUCAAAGAUGUAAUUUUGCCGCAUUUACGUAUUGGACUUAGAAAAUCAACUGAAGUCGUUCAAACCGAAUAUAUUUCUGUGCUUUCUCACACUAUUGAAUGUGCAAAGUAUUUUACUGAAUUGGAUGAUAUGAAAGUUUUAUUAUUCAACAAUGAUGAAGAAGCAAACUUCUUUAAUAAUGUGAAUCACAUUCAAUUGCAUCGUCGUCAAAGAGCUAUCAAAAGAGUCGCUGAAUACAGAAAUAAAUUAUCGGAAAAUAGUAUCUCACAUUAUAUUUUGCCAAUAAUCGAGCACUAUUCGUUUUGCCUGGAUGAAAAACUUCGUAAUAUUACCAAUGAAACUGUUGAUACGAUUGGUGCAUUAGCUAGGUGCAUAAGCUGGAAUCAAUAUAAGGCUUUGCUUAGAAGAUACAUUUCUGGAAUGAAAAAUAGCAAGGAAGAGUCAUUGAAGGACAAUGUGAAUUUGGUUGUUGCGGUAUCUAAAUCUUUAUUAGCUUCUAUUGAAUCGCGUAGAAAUAACUCUUCUGAAGACAUUAUGAGAGACCUACCGAAAAGCCAGGACGAAAUCAACAAAUAUGUCACUCAGGAGUUAUUUCCAACCUUAAUGAAAACUUUGGCACUUCGUAACGAUGACACUAUUGUUUCUCGUAUCCCAUUAUCUGAGGCAAUGGUAAGUUUAGUAAUGUGUGUCUCUGAAGAAUUAAUAGAAUCAGAGCUACCUGGUAUAUUAACUAGUACAUGUCAGGUUAUGCGUUCUAGGUCUGAAGAACUAAGAGAUACGGUUAGAAAGGCGUUAAGCAAAAUUUCUAUUAUCUUAGGAGCUAAAUACUUCAAAUUUAUCUUGAGUGAAUUGAAAGGUGCAUUAUCUCGUGGUUCUCAAAUACAUGUAUUGAGUUUUACUGUUCAUUCUUUAUUGGUCACUAUUUCUGAAGUCUUAGAACAUGGUGAUUUGGAUGAAUCUGUACAAUUGAUUAUAGAUAUAAUUAUGGAAGAUAUUUUCGGUGCCGCUGGACAAGAGAAAGACGCAGAGGGAUACACUAGUAAGAUGAAGGAAGUCAAGUUCAAGAAAAGUUUCGACUCGGGUGAACUAUUAUGUACCAACAUCUCAUUGAAGAGUUUCAGCUAUCUCGUUGAGCCCGUUAAACUUCUUCUACAAGAGAACGUUUCUUUAAAGACGCAAAAUAAGUUAGAUGAACUAUUGAGAAGGUAUGCGUUAGGUUUAAAUCGUAACAAUGAGUCUUCUUCACGGGACGUACUCGUUUUAAGUUAUGAACUUCAUAAGCAAUCUGAAAGACUCUUGAAUGAAAGAAGGGGACAUGUUAAGACUGUUAAACCAUCCGAAGACAACUUUUUGGUAAAGUUGAAUGCUAAACCAUUGAAAACACAAACGGAGCAUUCACAGUAUAUUUUCACGUUGCAGAAGUUUGCCUUUGAAUUAUUAAGAACUUCAAUUUCUCGACACGAAACAUUACUCACUACUGAGAACCUCGAAGGCUUUGUCCCUCUCUUAGAAAGUGGUUUACAGUCUGAUAAUGAAGGAGUAGUAAUUGCUUGUCUUCGUACCUUAACGCUAAUUAUUAGAUUGCCAUUUUCGGAACGAAUAGAUGGUCUAUUUAAAGCUUGUGCGAGAAAAUCUUUAAACAUGAUCAAGGAUUGUCCGUCUACCAACUCCGAGCUAUGUCAAGCUUGUUUAAAAUUUCUUUCUGCAAUUAUAAGACAUAAGCCUGAAAUAAGUUUAAAAGACACAGCAGUCAGCUAUGUACUUGUACGCCUUCAACCUGACUUGGAAGAGCCAAAUAGACAAGGUUUGGCCUUUAACUUUUUGAAAUCUGUUGUUUCACAACAUAUAAUGCUUCCUGAAGUUUAUGAUACUAUGGAUAAGGUAUCUAAAAUAAUGGUUGUCAAUCAUGCGAAGGAAAUUCGGGAUAUGUCAAGAAGUGUUUAUUUUCAAUUUUUGAUGGAAUAUGAUCAGGGAAGAGGCCGGUUAGAAAAGCAGUUCAAAUUCUUAGUGAAUAAUUUGGGUUAUGCGACACAAGCUGGAAGGCAAUCAGUAAUGGAACUAAUACAUUUAAUCAUUUUAAAAGCAGGAUCAGAAUUAUUGAAUAAAUUAUCUACUUCUUUCUUUAUUGCAUUGUCUAAUCUUAUGAUAAGUGAUGAUUCGGCAAAAUGCCGUGAAAUGGCUACUACGUUAAUAUCUAAUAUAUUUAAAAAGCUAGGCUCAAAGCAUUUAUCGAAUAUCGAGAAAUACUGCAUUGCUUGGUUGAACCAGUCAUCAAACGAAUUAUUAAAAAGAUGUGGUUUAAGUAUUUAUAAAAUUUACAUUGCGGAAUUUGGUGUUGGACAAAAUAAGGCAUUAGACCAAUUAGCUUUACAGAAUAUUCUUGAAAUUUUAUCAGCUUCGAAGAAUUGUGAAGAUCAUGAUACUAACAUUGAAUGGGAGUUGGUUUACUCUUCAUUGAGUGUUUUUUCUACUAUUUGUAGUAGAUUGAAGACAGAAGUUUUUAAAUCACAAUAUGAAGAAGUUUGGAAAUCUAUUUUGAAUUCUCUCUUGUUCCCUCAUUCUUGGGUUCGUCUAAUCUCAAGUCGAUUAGUUGGUAUUCUUUUAUCAAAUCUAGAUUCUUCAGAAUUUGCAUUUACUGAUUAUGAUAUUCAAACCAUAGCAUAUAGACUAUUACACCAACUCGGAGCACCAUCUAUUUCUCAAGAAUUGGGUACUCAAAUUACAAAAAAUUUAGUUUUAAUAACAAUGAGAUGGGAAUCUAAUAAAGUCUUAUACCAAUACAAAUCGUCUUCCGAUACGGAUGUUGGAGAAUCUACAAAAUACAAGUAUGCUACUGAGUAUCUUGUUUCUAGAGUCUGUUCAAUAAUAAGGCAAGAAAAUAAUUAUAAAGAUUCAUUUGUUUCAAAAAAGUCGUCUGUCCAAUUCGCUGCUAUGUUAGUUCAAGUUCUUUCCCUUGAAAAGUUACCUGUUGCUUCCGAGCAAAUUUUGCUAGCCUUAUACAAUUUAACAGAGUUAAAUCCUAAUAACAGCGAAGAAGAAAGCGAAUUAGUAAAUCUUUCAAUGGAAUGUAUGCAAAUGAUUGAAAAGAAACUUGGAACUUCUGAAUACACUAAUAUAUAUACCAAAGUCAAACAAGCUGUCAACUUGAGAAGAAGAGAAAGAAAAACCAAGAGAGCACAAAUGGCAGUUACAGCGCCAGAUAUUGCAGCAAGGCGGAAAAUGAAAAAGCAUGAAAGAUCAAGAGACAAAAGAAAACACGAAAAGGACGAUAAUGGAUAUUACCGUAGUAAAAAGAGCAGAUUUUCUUAG